UGACAUAUAUAUUAGGGAGGUCACUGGCAUCACUAGGGUUAGGGUUUUCGCAGCCGCUUUAAAACUACUUAUCCUCCUUACUGCUUCUCUUUGCUGUUGAUCAUCAUCUCCAUCCACAAACAUGGGUAAGACAAGGGGAAUGGGAGCAGGGCGCAAGCUCAAAAGGCUUAGGAUUAAUCAGAGGUGGGCUGACAAGCAGUACAAGAAGUCCCAUCAGGGCAACGAGUGGAAGAAGCCUUUUGCUGGUUCUUCCCACGCCAAGGGUAUCGUUCUUGAGAAAAUAGGUAUUGAGGCUAAGCAGCCUAACUCUGCUAUCCGUAAGUGUGCUAGAGUUCAGCUUAUCAAGAACGGAAAGAAGAUUGCCGCUUUUGUCCCCAACGAUGGUUGCUUGAACUACAUUGAGGAAAAUGACGAGGUGUUGAUUGCUGGAUUUGGGCGUAAAGGUCAUGCCGUGGGAGAUAUUCCUGGAGUUCGGUUCAAGGUCGUCAAGGUCUCUGGUGUUUCACUUUUGGCCCUCUUCAAGGAGAAGAAGGAGAAGCCAAGAUCUUAAGCUUUUGAAUUUGUUUUUGAUUUUUAUAACUAUCUUUUGAAAACAAACUCAUAUUGUUCUGUUCUAUUCUACUUUAAAAUUCCAGAACUGAGUUUAAACAUUUA